ACCGGAAUGGGCGAGUUACCGGGACCUGUAACAGAAAAGCUACAGAUUUCCUCCAAAUUGGAUUUGGAGCAUCCUCUAACAGCUCACACUCCUGCCACCAAGUAUUACACGGCCCUGGUCACAGGAGACCUGCACAGCCUCGAGGUGCUGACUGACCGGUACUAUCAAGAUGUGAACCUGGUUUUUGAGAUCAGUAAGAAUGAGCUGGAGUGGCAGGUGAAAAGCCAAGCGUCUUAUGGACUCUCAGGGCUGUGGUCGCUGGAGUACAAGCGGGAGCUGAGCACUCCGUUGUGCCUCGCCGCCCGCCGCGGCCACGCCGCCGUCCUGCGCCACCUCCUCCGCCGACGGGCAGACCCCGACCUGGCGCCGGGCGGGCGCGGGCCCCUGCACGAAGCCUGCCUGGGGGCACACACCGACUGCGCCGCGCUGCUGCUGCAGCACAAGGCUGAUCCCAACCUGCGGAGCGACGAGGGGCUGGCCCCGCUGCACCUCUGCACCACCCGGGACUCGCUGGGAUGUGCCAAGCUCCUCCUGAGACACGGAGCCACCAUCAACCUGCCAAGUGAGGACAGGGGGGAGACGGCGCUGCACGUGGCGGCCAGGCACUGCCUCUAUGACCAUGCCUGGCUCUACCUGCGGCAUGGGGCACACGUGGAUGCACUCAGCACACAGGAGGAGACAGCCCUCAACAUCCUCUGUGGGCAGGUGCCAGGGGCCGAGGGCUGCCUGCAGCUUUGCCGGCUGCUGGCUGCCCAUGGCGCUGAUGUGGAUGCCCGGGAUGAGGCGCGGAGGAGCCCCUUGCACAAGGCUUGUGGGGCUGCCAACGCCAGCCUGGCAUGUUUCCUCCUGCAGCACGGGGCUGAUGUCAACGGCAUUGACUACAAUGGCAUGUCCCCACUGGGCUGUGCGCUGCAGGGUGCUGCCUUCAAACGGGACCUGCAACCCCAUCUUGUCGUCCAACUGCUGCUCAACCAUGGCUCCCAGAAGAUAUGGCCCCCUGCCUUCACCAAGGUGCUGAAGUCCUGCGCAGCUGUGCCGGAGGUCAUCGAAGUCCUCUUCAAUUCCUACUCACAAAUCCCCAUCUCCAAGACGUGGGCUGAGGCUGUGCCGGAGGAGGUGCUUCAGCAGCACCAGCUAUUCUACGAGUCCCUUUUCCGGCUGGCGGGCACAGUCCGGUGCCUGCAGCAUUUGUGCCGCUCCGCCAUUCGGGACAAGUUUGGCAGCAAAUGCCACUGCCUUAUCCCUUUGCUGCCUGUGCCCAAGCCACUGCGUGAUUACCUGCUGCUGGAGCCUGAAGGAGUCGUGCUUUGA